UGCCUCGCUAACAAUAGCCUGGGAUCGCCUGGGAUCGGCAAGUUUACUGUUAAAAUAACGCAGCCAGGAGGGCGACAGAGCGCAGCGGAGCUCAGCCGAGAGGAGAGAAGAGUUUGCCGAAUACAUGACACGGUGUGUCCCGGUGUCGGAAAUUGUCACUCCACACUCUGGGAUUUCCAUUUGCAACCGGACGAGUUGGCUGCAGGUUGAAGCUGCCUCUUUGCCUUUCUGUGAGAGGAGCGACACGCACACACACACACACACAACGACGACAACAGGAGCGGCCAGCUGCAGCCUAGCUGAAGAUGUCUGAUAAUGGGGAGGUCGAGGACAAGCCCCCAGCUCCGCCCAUGAGGAACACCAGCACCAUGAUUGGCUCCUGCAACAAGGACCCCGCCCCCCUCAACCACGGCUCCAAGCCCCUCCCGCCCAACCCGGAGGACAAGAAGAAGAAAGACCGCUCGAUCCGAUUCAUCCUGACGGGAGGAGGCGAUAAGACCCAGAAGAAGAAGGAGCGUCCAGAGAUUUCUCUGCCGUCUGAUUUUGAACACACCAUCCAUGUCGGCUUUGAUGCCGUCACCGGGGAAUUUACUGGCAUGCCGGAGCAGUGGGCCCGGCUCCUGCAGACAUCCAACAUCACCAAACUGGAGCAGAAGAAGAAUCCUCAGGCCGUCCUCGACGUUUUAAAGUUCUACGACUCAAAAGAAACGGCCAACAGCCAGAAAUACAUGAGCUUCACAGAUAAAAGUGCCGAUGCCUACAGCUCUUCCACCACAACGAGCUCCAAGGCCGUGUCAGAGACGCCCGCCAUUGCAACCGUAUCCGAGGACGACGACGAAGACGAAGCCGAGCCCCCGCCGGUGAUCGCCCCCCGACCGGAGCACACCAAAUCUAUAUACACUCGCUCGGUGAUCGAGCCCCUACCUCCUCCUCCGACCAAAGAUGCUGCGACCUCGCCCAUCUCCCCGCCGACAGCAGCAGCAGCCGCCGCCGCCGCUGUCCCCCCCUCCCCUCCCUCCCCCCCUGCAGAAGGAGCUCCCAGCAGCCCCCCCAGCGCGAGCCCGGCCCCCGGGCCCUCUGUGCCCCGCCCCCAGGACAAGACCAGGAAGAAGAAGAUGUCGGACGAAGAGAUCCUGGAGAAACUACAUGUGCUCAGAUCUCCCUCUGCUGGGACGAUCGUAAGUGUGGGAGACCCCAAGAAGAAGUACACGCGCUUUGAGAAGAUCGGACAGGGGGCGUCUGGGACGGUGUACACAGCUAUAGACAUCGCUACAGGACAAGAGGUUGCCAUUAAACAGAUGAACCUGCAGCAGCAGCCGAAAAAGGAACUGAUCAUCAAUGAGAUUCUGGUGAUGAGGGAAAAUAAGAACCCAAAUAUAGUCAACUACCUGGACAGUUACCUGGUGGGUGACGAGCUGUGGGUGGUGAUGGAGUACUUGGCCGGAGGGUCGCUGACCGACGUCGUCACAGAAACCUGCAUGGACGAAGCCCAGAUCGCUGCCGUGUGCAGAGAGUGUCUCCAGGCGUUGGAGUUCCUCCACUCGAACCAGGUCAUCCAUCGAGACAUUAAGAGCGACAACAUCCUGCUGGGCAUGGACGGCUCCGUCAAACUCACUGACUUUGGCUUCUGCGCCCAGAUCACUCCGGAGCAGAGUAAGCGCAGCACCAUGGUCGGGACUCCGUACUGGAUGGCUCCAGAGGUGGUGACGCGUAAAGCCUACGGCCCCAAAGUGGACAUCUGGUCCCUGGGCAUCAUGGCCAUAGAGAUGGUGGAGGGGGAGCCGCCCUACCUGAAUGAAAAUCCACUCAGGGCGCUGUAUCUCAUAGCAACCAACGGUACGCCGGAGCUGCAGAACCCGGAGAAGCUGUCGACGAUAUUCAGAGACUUCCUGAACCGAUGUCUGGAGAUGGACGUGGAGAAGAGAGGGUCGGCCAAAGAGCUGCUGCAGGUGUGUGCGUGUGUGCGUGUGUGUGUGUGUGUGUGAGACCAACAUUAUGAUCAUUAUGAUUAUGAGACAAUCUG